GACGAUGAAGAUAUACUCGAACUAGAGGCACCAUCAGACAUUCAAUCUGUCAUGUCUUUCAAAACAAAACUCGAUGAUACUGAAGACCCUAAUAUACCAACCUCGUCUCUUGUACCAAAGCACCUUCAACUUCCGAUCGAAAGGAAUCGAGAAGAAAGAUUAUGCGAUUUUCUUUUACCUUAUCAGGUUGAAUCUGUAGCAGAUAUGGACGAAAAACUGGAAAUCAUCAUCAAACAUUUGAUGGAAUGUGCAGCAGGAAAAGACUUUCAGUUUGGUUUCGUAUAUUGGAAUGGAUUACUCGAAGAUUGGUUGGAAUUACGAUAUCCUAUGAAGCAUCGUGUAAGAGCAAAACUCGGUGCAUUCUACUACAACUUGGCUUGCUCACAGGGUAUGGAAACCAGAGUGACUGAGGUCUUUAUCAGGAUGACGGUUACCCUGAUCAAAUCGAGCAGAAACUUGGACAUUCGCGAAUUGCAAUUAGACUGGAAGCCACUCUAUAAACUACUUCUCCCUGAAAUCCAUCCCAAAGAGCGCGCUAGCGGUACCACCACUGUCUACGUUAGCAUUAUGACAUUAGCCGAUUACGCCAACAGCUACUUUCCGCCACACACAGCCUUAGAGAUCAUGGAACAAUUUCUUCCAUCAAUUGAUGGAGCAGACUUCCCUUCCCUCCUUACCUACCAAUCCAUCCUAUGCCAUUUCCUACCCCUGAAUAAUCCGACACCCUGGCUUGGAAGUAUUUUUCGACUAUGGGCCACCUUCCAGACUGAACAUUGGGACGAACAGUGGUUAAAUUUACUCGCACGAUUGUCAUAUAAACAUACUGACCCGAACGUCAGUGAUCCACGGCUCGUAAGCCUCUUAAAGGAGGUUUCCACCGGAGAGAAAUUCGAAGACACGGCAAACAAAGUGAUCGCCUCGACUCAAGAUUCGCCUCCUUGGACUGGUCUGCAGAAGCACGUAGGCAUUUACACUGAGAAACAAUGGUCAUUUAUCAUGUCACAAUGUGUACGGUUUUUCGAGGUCCCAGUAGAAUCCAACUCUGGUCAGGUCGCCUCUCUGGGUGCUAGCGAAGCAGACAACAAAGCCACCUCACGAGUCUUGGGAUUGUUGAAACCAUCCGAUCCAUUGGAAUCUUUGGCCACGAUCAUCGUUUACUCCAUGUCGGAAAAUUCUACCUCGGAUACACCACACUGUCGCGCUUUGCAUGCUACAGCCAAAUUGCUCACCUCAAUGGAAACUUUUUUUCAUCCAUCUAAUCAUGGAGAUUGGUCAAGCAAGUUGGCGAAAUUUGUUAGGCAUCUGGCUUGGCAAUUUACUCGUCGAUGGACUGAAGAGGCCAAAGCAGACUGUCCUACACCUGGCGAAUGGCGUCUAACUGCUCGGAUCAAGAAGCAAUUUGUUACGAUGCUGAGCCAUGCUCUACUCAUGUCGAUGUUUUCCAAAGAUGGAACGACAUCAGGCUUGACUCAUCAUGCCCUAAAAAUCGUCGCCCAUCUCGAACCGUCCGUGAUUGUACCGCCUAUAGUUGAACUCUCGGUUGCUGCACUCGAGGGACUUUUGGAAACCCAUCGUACGACUGCUUGUCUGGGCGCCUUAUCUGCCAUUAUUGGUAGUAUGUUGGAUUUGAGUCAAUAUCCACAAGGGGCUCGUAAUUUGCCUACAAUUUUGGACCUGCUAUUACCCGGCAUUGAUCCCAAUGAUCCGACCAAAACGAUGCAUAGUGCUAUGUUGGUCUUGGUAGCAAUCUCUAAGAUCAAGAUCAGUGAUAUGACAAUUAUGAAUGAAGCACAAGGGAUGAUCGAUCUUGACCAUCCUACCUCCGAGAAUGCUGACAUCAACAUGAGUAUGCAACCUUCGGACGAAAUGAGCUCUAUGCCACCGGAAUCAUCUACGUUCUUUUCAGACUGGGCUUUAACAUAUUUUAGACGAGUGAUGAGCUUCUUUGAAAACUUGCCUGAACCUCGUGGUCUAAGGGAGAAGACAGGCGGGAAGAUAGAAGAAAGUACUAUCAGCUUUCUCUGUGCUUCGUUUGACGAGCUCUGUAAGGCGACCUCUCCAGAACUCUUUCCCGCAAUGCUUGAUUACUUCAAGACAUACAUUUGUGAGAAUGUCCGGUUCAAUAUGCUCAAGAUUGUAGGAUUGAUUUCCAGCUCCCUGGCUAGAGGUUUUGCCGAUAAAAUCACCUUUCAGACCCUGUACCCAUUGUGUGAUCGUAAGAUCCGAAGUGAACUCGAAGCCGGCGCAUCAUCGAUAUAUACCAUGUCUACCAGCUCUCACAAGAGUUCGGACCUUGAACUGCAUUGGUUUUUAUCUAUCUUGAUUGGUGCAACCACCAAUUCUGGUCCAGCACUAUUGCAAUAUCGAGACGAAAUCUUGUCCCUUCUGAAACUAUUAAUUCGUGAUUGUAAAUCAGAAAAAGGUUUCACUUUCACUGCCAGACUUAUCUACGCGAUCUUGCGAGCUCUCCUUGAGACAUAUCCAAAUGACCAUCGAUUUGUGAACCCGGAGGAAUGGAAUAGCCCAGGUAUGUAUUCCAUGAAGUCAUCUCAUCAGUUUGCAUGGGGGAAAACCUAUAAGGUGACUGACGUGAAGAUCAGCUGGCAUGUUGCCUCACAACCCGAAAUUGACUUCGCAAUGUCGAUCUUAGCGGAGAUUUUGGCACCUAUCACACAGGAAAUUCGGGGUCUCAUCAAGCAACCUACCUUGGAUCAUGACAUAAAAUGUCACUUUGUGAAAUUAUGUACCUUGUCAAAGUACACUGUUGCAGGUAUCGCGGCUUUCAUUGUUGCAGGUCCACCUGUUCAUCCUGGGGAGCCAACUACGGACUGGGGGUUUGUUAUACCAUCUUCUUUUACUUUACCAACAGACCUUCCUGUAUACCAAGCUGGUAUACCAUUGCUACCAUCAGAUGCUAGACACGCCUCCGUGAAGCAGUACAGAGAAGACUUGGCCGAAGUGCUACAUGAGGCUGUUACGAGGUUGACCCUAUUCGAAGAUACAAUCGAGUGCAUCCAAUGUAUCGUCAGUCUCAUGUCUAGUAUUUUACUGGAUUAUCCUUUUGAACGAGGGGUUUAUGAAUAUCACAAAGAAAACUAUAAGUUUGUUCAAAACUUGGCUCGCGUGACAAAGGUUCAGAAGGAAUAUCCAAGGAUCGUAUGGCUCAGACGAGCGCAUCUGCUGCAUUUUAUCCGUAUGAAGACACUGAGAUUGUCGCUACAGAGGAGCAAGAGCGACGAUCAAAUCAUUCGUGAUCUCUGCCAAUUCUGCGUCUCUUCCUGGCUUAGUAUCAGAAAGUCUGCGCAACGGUCGUUGGAAGCAAUCUGCCAGUUAUAUGAUGGUACACGCGCCAUAAUCUUGCCUACUCUUUUUGAAUGUCUGGACCCAGGAACCGACCCCGAUAGAAUGAAGGGGGCUCUGUAUGUGCUGGGUGGUAAAACGUUUCCCAGGUAUUGCUUACAGCGCCCGAAGUAUAGUGCAAUGUAUGUACUACGAUUGCUUCAGUGUCAGCAUUCUGAUAAGUCCUCGAUCCAAGCCUUAGUGUCUAGCCUUCUUCACCAUCACGCUGUUCGAAUGUUCGAGAGUGCUACUCUUCACAAUUCGAUCGUCUCACCUGGUCUAACAAAUGCGAUCACAGCUCUGGAUCAAGAACUUCUGAUCCAUCAUAUGGACUCUGGCUCCUCUCUUGCCUUGGAGAAACUCACCAAGGCACAGAUGAUACAAAGGGAUGAAUGUCAUAACUCUUUGGUCGUAGAUCUACUGAAAAUUGCGGAUGAAGCCUCAACACAUUGGAAAUAUUCCCAGAAUGCCAGUCGACUACUCAAAAACCUUAUACGGCGUGAUCAGCCAUUAGAUCCUCAGACGACCUCACAUUUCAUCAAUGAAUUGUGUGAAUCUGAUCUACCUGCCAAGCGAAGUCAUGCCAUCAAUGCGAUUACUAAAAUCUUACAUUUCAUCAAGUUGAGAACAAUCGCCGCGGGUUCCAAGGAAACCUUGUUGACUCAAACUAGGUACAAUCCGCUUCGGGCGAAUGUCCAGUUGCCAUCGCCUGUGGAACCAACUUUCGAAGAAUUCAUGACUGUGAUCCGAACUCCAUUUAAUGCUGGACCGCGAUUUCUAGUGGAUCAGUUAACCACUGGGUGGUUGAUAUGCGGAGAUGUCAAGGCUUAUCAACCACCACCAAAAGAUGGUCACACAGAGUGGGAUCCAGAGUCUGAAAAGACUUUGUCAAUAUUCAAGGCAGCUUUAAGUCAAGAAACCUUUUGGAAGAAAUUGGCAGCUCAUUUGAGUCAAGAACAGUCGAGAGAUUACCUAUCAGCUGAUAAUGUGAUUGCACUGAAGUCUAUCUUUCAGAUCUUUCGUCAGGAUAUCUGGCCAAUCGCCUUACCGACACUGGAUGCUUUAGUAGACGACCCAGCUGAUCGACAUAAACAAAGGGCUGCAGGUGAAAUCAUAGGUGGGGCUCUACGAUCUACCAAACACUGGCCUCUGAAUGCACAAAACGAAUUGUGGGCUUGGUUCGAGAAGCGACUAAAGUUUAUAUACGAUGGCAUCACGCCUGACUCGCUUAGCAGUUGGAUCAUGUGUAUGGACUACGUCUUAAUCGGUCGAGAUCCACGUAGAAACCAGGUUUUGGUCGAUUUUAUAAUGGGCUUGGAAACCGAGAGCCACUCAUCUGCGUUUGAUGCUAGUAAAGCACAUCAAUUCAUCGGUUCCCUUGUUCGAUCUUUAGGAUGGCCAUUCAGACAACCUUUAGUAGAUAAGUAUUGGGAUGUUUACUGCCGUGUAAUUGAUCACGAUUAUCUUGAAGUUCGAAAUUGCGUUAGCUCCAAUCUACAAGCACUGACUGAACUUCAGGCAAAUCCUGCCUUCCGGUCGCUGGCUGAUUUCCUCGCGGCCGGUCAGGAAGAGUCCAUGGCAAACAAGCCACUUGUGGUAGAGAGUGAAUUGACUAUCAAGGCCAUCGAUAAACUAUUGGUCGAUCUCCGUCGAGCACGUGAAAUCCGUCUACCUGCACAGCACGGAGAUCAGGAAUAUGAUAGGUGUUCUACUACUAUUCUCACCUGGCUAUGGUCUAGCUUAACAGAUUAUCUAUUGCCUGUUAUAUACCCAUUCAUACCCAAGAUCCUCCCAGAGGUAUUCUUUAUGCAUGAGAUGACUGAUAAUACGGAGCUAUGUGAACUAUCACAUGCAGUUAUCAUCACUCUUGCAUGUGUGGUAUACCCUCAAGAUAUGGUUGUCUCUUUCUUGGACACCCUAUUAGAUUUAUUGAAGACCAAACGGUGGAAAGUUCGACUGGAUGUACUGACUAUCCUACAAGCCUUUUUCUUUCACCAGUUACACUCUCUCAGUAGAUUACAAGUCGAUCGAAUCUUAGAAUCACUCUGCAUUCUACUAGGUGAUUCGAGUCCCGAAGUACGUGAAGCGGCAGCCAUCACCUUAUCGGGUAUAGUACAUUGUUCAGAACGAGCCUCAAUCUUACAACUCAAAGCUCGUUUUACACAAAUCUUAAAAGAAACACAUUUACCAAAACAUCGAUUUCAAAAUGGAAUCGAAGUGAUCGGUUAUCAAGCUACAUUGAUUAAGAUUCAUUCAGCUGUUUUAGGUUCAGCUGCAUUGAUUAAUGCGUUUCCCUAUGAAGUACCGGCUUGGGUACCUGAGAUUUUGAUUAAUAACAUUUGUUCUCACAUGAGUUCUCCAACUAUGAUUUCUACUACGGCUAAGAAUACAUUGACAUCUUUUAAGAAGACGCAUCAAGAUACUUGGAUGCAAGGUCAAAAAGCUUUUUCGGAAGAAGAACUUGCUACUUUAAAUGAUUAUUUAGUUGGA